AUGGCGCCAUUGGCACUAGAUGAGAAGGCGCAGAUCGCGCACGAGUUGCGCACGACCAUUCGGGAGCUCAAGGACCGUGGGCUGCUAGUCGCGUCCAAGUGGGCAUGCGAGCUGCUGGCCGCGCUGCCAAAAGAGGUGCGCAUGCGCGCGUACCUUCCUUUCUCCCCUCCGGCGCAGCAGGCUGGCCUGCCGAGGGGACGACAGUCGAUAAUGACUGAGAUGAGUUUUGAGAGUGACGUGUCGCUGCACAUCGAAACGGAGGAGGACGUCCUGGACGAAGACAGGUUCGAGCUCGCCAAGACCUACUACGACAUCAAGGAGCAUGACCGCGUCGUCGCCACCCUCGAAGGCGCCCAAUCACCGCGUGCUCGCUUCCUUCGCACCUAUUCUGCAUACCUCAGCGCGGACAGGAAAGCGCAGGAGAGCCUCGGGCACUUUCUGGACACGAAGCAGGAACGGCACGCCCUCUUCCCGCCGCUCAACAAGCUGCUGGGCGAACUCGAGGACGAUACCGACCCGUACCUCCUCUAUUUGCGAGGAUUGCUUCACUUGCGGCUGGAACAGCGCGAGGCAGCCGUCGAGUGUUUCGUGGAAAGCGUCAAGGGCCGGCCGUAUAACUGGAGCGCCUGGACGCAGCUCGCUCAACUCAUUGACUCGGCAGACAAGUUUAUCGAGAUCAAGGAGCGGCUCCCACCAGGCGUGAUGCGUACUUUCUUCGCUAUUAACGUCAUGCUCGACCUCCACACCGCCACGGAUCUGGUGAUGACGAUGAUCACCGACCUCCUCGAGACGUUCCCAGGCAGUGUGCACCUCCUCGCCCAGAAGGGCAUGGUGUACUACCACAUGCGGGACUUUUCGCAAGCCGAGAUCCAGUUCGACCACGUACAGGAGGUCGAUCCCUUCCGCAUGGAGGAGGUUGACAUAUACAGCAACAUGCUGUAUGUUGUGAACAAGAAGACCAAGUUGGCCAAGCUGGCGCACCAGUACGCCGAGAUCGACCGUAACCGACCAGAGGUGUGUACCCUCAUUGGGAACUACUACUCGUCGCGCGGGGACCACACGCGCGCAAUUCAGUACUUCAAGCGUGCGCUCAUGUUCAACCGCGACUAUCUACCCGCGUGGACCUUGAUGGGACACGAAUUCGUCGAGCUCAAGAACACACACGCGGCCAUCGAAGCGUACCGCAAGGCGAUCGACGUCAACGCCAAAGACUACCGCGCGUGGUAUGGCCUCGGGCAGGCAUACGAGCUGCUCGACAUGGCCCAUUACGCAGUCGAGUACUAUAACCAGGCCACUACCCUGCGUCCGUACGACUGCAGGAUGUGGACAGCCCUUGCGACAGUGUACGAGCACCUCGGACGUAUCCCCGACGCUAUCAGCGCGCACACGCGCGCUCUGUUAGGCGCCGACCACAAGCAGACACCCGACAUUCUGGCCAAGCUCGCUGUGCUUAAUACGACCGAGGGCGAGCCCGCCAAGGCCGUCGAGUGCCAUAAGAAGAUCCUCGCCCUGGGCAUCAGAGAAGAGGCCCCGCUCGCUGCGCUGGCCCCUAGCUAUUUGGCCGUCGCCGAGUGGGAGAGCGGCGAGGGUGGCGAGUGGGCGCUUGCAGCGCAGUACUUUGAGAAGGUCGCCGCGUCAAACCUCCCAGAACGCGAUUCGGCCGCAGACCUGCUGCGCGAGCUGCGGAUCCGGGAGGCACGUGCGGCCGCGGCGUGA